GCGUAAUAUUACCAGGCACAGCCGACGCCAACCUAACCUUGAUUGAACUCCUGAACCCGGGCUGGAGGGCAAGCGCAAGCGCAAGGGCAAUUCAGGGAGUGGAUGUAACCUCGCGCAGAGAAAAACAUGGACUGCGCAAAUAACAAGAUCUGAUUCCUUGUUGGACUUCUUCCUGCAAAGUAAAGACGUCUUUCUUCCCCUUCCCUACAUCACGCUUCGGCUCUUUUUUUGGUGGGUAGGAUUUCUCUAUUUCUGAACUACUCUGGCCUAAUUAUCCACACCCCACCCCGUCCACUUUUUCACCAAUUGACUGCGUAUCUGGGGAGGAACGAGAGAGAGAAGGGAGCAAAAAAGGCACAAUGCGCUGGUUGCAGGGCACUCUCAUCUGCGCCCUUACCACUGCGCUGGGGGGAAGUAGAGUGGGUGCAAGUGCGCUGUUGAAGACGAGACAGGGGAAUCAUGUCACCGCUCGUGCGCCACAGGAUGCCGAUUCAGAUAAGAACGGCGUAUAUCCUCCCGAAUGCCACGUACAGCGCGAAUCGAAGUAUCCAUUCUGCCUGCCGAAGAAUAAAACUGAAGUGUUUACGGGGGAUAUAUACUAUGUGACCUGGGACUCAGACGCAUUCCCCCCAAACUCCACGAUCACCGUGGGGCUCAACUAUGCCAACUCCAGCGAAAAGGCAGGCGUCUCCGCCUACACAUCUGACCGGCGAGAAAACAGCUACGGCUUCGUCACGAUCCAAAUGGACAAAGUCUGGUUGCAGGGCGAAUCGCGCAAUAACCUAACCGUGUACAUCGUCGAGUACAACCCAGGUUCAAACGAGCGGGCCAAGACGGUUGCAGGGCCCAUGAUUUCCCUCAUCAAUAAACCUGGCAAGCACCAUCCGCCUCCCCCACCCACCCCAGUGCCCGAUAAGGCGGGCCUCACGAUCGGAUUGCCGGUCGCGCUCGGGGUGUUUUUCCUUAUCUUGCUUGGGCUGUGUUUUGGCAUGAGGAAGAGCAGGCGUAUUGGGCUAGGGAAUAUUAUGGGGUCUAGGGGUAAAGGGUAUGGAGGUGGGAAAUCCAGGAUUGAAAGGCUAGGUGGUGGUGGUGGUGAACGAGGGAGACGACGUGAUCGCGAUACUGCUGCUGCUGCUGCGACUGUCAGGCUGGCUGAAUUGAAUGAUGGAGAGCAAUACAUGGAUGACCCACGAGGCGGUAGGAUUAGGAGUGAUGCGGAAAUAUUCAAUGAGUCGGAAAGGGCCAGAGGGAAUGUAUUCAGGGAUGAGCUGUCACGGAUGAAGAGCUGGAGGUGAAAUGUUUAACUUUGCCCGGCUGUUGAUCCUCUGAUGAAGGAUGGUGGAGUCGAAACACUCUCUUCUCUUGCAGAGGAACAAAUAUCCUCCAGAAAUUUUAUGGUAUGGUUGGACAUGAAAAGCUUUCCUGCGUAUAGAUAUUGACUGCCACAGAGACAGUCCGUUGGUUGAUCUGCUUCUUCUCAUUCUGGUAGGGUUUUCCGUGACAUUUUAUUAACGAGCGCAGGGGCAUGGCAUUGCAUUUUCAUUUGUAUAUUAAUGAUAGGAAUAGACGUAUGUUAUUAUAUAUGCUUUCUCUUUCACAUGGGAAUCA